AUGACAGAUAUCGUAAACGUCACGCCCAAGCGGAAGAGAGGAGCACACGCCUCUGUAUCGCCCUUGAUAUUCUCGUUUGAUCUCUCCGCUGCCGGCCCUUUGGAGGACACAGGCAGCCCUCGCUCGUCCACCGUGGUCCACAGGUUCCGCGGCCUUGCGCUUGGGAACGGCGGCUCGGUCGUCGAGGCUGCUGAUGAGAUGGACGUGGAAUCGGAUGCGUCUGCGAGAAAACGCCAUAAACCAGACCCGGAGGCACGUACCAUUGCACCGAUACAGCCACAGCCCGAGGCACAGCCCAAACCGGUACCGGAGAUGGAGUCCGCCGCUGUGGAAAUGGUCGAUCGUUCCGUGGUGUCUGCACAAGUACAGCCCUCAACCGAAGGUCUGCUCCAGACCGGCACAGCAUCACCUUCGAUCAAUCCCACGUCUGAGCCACAGCCUAAAAAGAAGAGGGCCGGCACUCCGCCUCUCCGAUUCAGGAAAGGGAACCCUCAAGACGGACAAUCUGAUGCCGACGACGAAGCCGAAGUUGCAGAUCCUUUGCGCGCCUCACUGACCUGGCACGAGGACGAAAUCACAAUCUACGACCCUGAUGACAAAGAUGACGAUGGCACAGGCAUCAACGGCGUGGGAUUCAAGCCGACCCCUGCUCUUGCACAUGCCCGGAUCAUGAAGAGACGACAGCAAAUGGCCGAAUACCGGAAACGAGAGGAGAAUGACGCCAGAAACAAGAGAAUGCAGAGACGCCGGGGAGAACUGGCUCUUUCGGCAAGGCGAGAUCGCAAGUCGCCGCCUUCGAGGAGGGUUAGGUUCAUGGAUGGAGAGAAUAGGAACCUGACCAUGACGGCAUGA